AUGGCGCAGACAAACGGCGAGGACUGGCGCGAGUUGGAGAUCGUAGCGCGCGCCCGAGACCUGGGCGACGGGUUCCGGGUCCGCCGGGUACUGCCCUACGCCAAGCGCCGCCUGGUCGGGCCCUUCGUCUUCUUCGACGAGAUGGGCCCGGUCGACCUGGCGCCCGGCCGGGGCCUGGACGUGCGCCCGCACCCGCACAUCGGCCUGGCCACGGUCACCUACCUUUUCAGCGGCGAGAUCCUGCACCGCGACAGCCUGGGCUCGCAGCAGCCGAUCCGGCCCGGUGCGGUCAACUGGAUGACGGCGGGGCGCGGCAUCGUGCAUUCCGAACGGACCCCGCCGGCCGCCCGCCGCAGCGGCCAGCGCCUGCACGGCCUCCAGACCUGGGUCGCCCUGCCGUUGGCCGACGAGCGGUGCCCCCCGGCCUUCGCCCACCAUCCGGCGGAGACCCUGCCGGAGCUGAGGGGCGAGGGUCUGCGGCUGCGCGUCGUCGCCGGCCGGGCCUUCGGCCUGGUCUCGCCGGUCGAGGUCUUCUCGCAGACGCUCUAUGCGGUGGUCGAGCUGGCGCCGGGCGCGCGCCUGGAGGUGCCGGCCGAGCACGCCGAGCGCGCGGUCUAUCCGGUCAGCGGCGUGCUGGAGAUCGCCGGCACGCCCUGCCCCGCCGGCGCCCUGCAGGUCCUGCGCCCCGGAGGUGCCGUCACCCUGCACGCGCUGGAGGCCACCACCGCGGUGCUGGUCGGCGGCGCGCCGCUGGAGGGCGGGCGGCACAUCUGGUGGAACUUCGUCGCCAGCGAUCCGGCGGUGAUCGAACGGGCCAAGGCCGACUGGCGCGCCGGGCGCUUCGAUCCGGUGCCCGGCGACCCGGAGUUCAUCCCCUUGCCGGAGUAG